GGGUAGUUUGAUUGAGUUAGCGCUAAUUCACGUUUAAUGACGCUAUUGAUUGGAACACGCGGCUGUUUGUGUUCUAACAGCCUCUGUCAAACCAAUCAGAUUAGCUGAGUACACCUGUAUAACCGCGGAAACAAAUAGCGCAAAGCAAACAGAUUGACGGGACAAGCUUGCAAGAGAAACGCGUUCGCUCGAGGAUCAAACAGCAAUCAAGCUGCAGUCAGACAAAGCGGAGAUAUCUGUGACCAGACUCCAAAUGAGCGCCAGAGAGACAAAGAGAGAAACGGAAAGCUCACAAGUGCUGGCCUUCGAUCUCUAUUUGCUCAAACUAAGAAUAGAAGAUCACUCUUUGCUGUGUGCGCACACACAUAGAGCUCAAUCUAUCAGCACAACACAGUCCCGUGGGAGAGAGAACAUAACGCAUCCGACCAUCGCCAGAUUAAUGGGUUAACACCCGGCACGUGCCCAUAAUGUGCUCCCGGGGACGCGGAGAUUAGGCCGCGGCAGACAGUCCCGUCUUCAGUGGGCAAAACAGACCUAUCGAUCCUUCCGGAUGUGUGCGUGUCUGUUCAGUGUACUAUACUCAAAGCGAGGGAAAGAGUGAUGGGUAUGUCACCCGUGCUUGCUCUGCUGACAAUCUCUGUUCUGCUGGAUGCCGUUUCUGCCAGCCCUACCGAUGAUAAUGUUCUGCGGGCCGGUCAUGGAGAACACGGAGAGCCGGGGCAUGAAGAACCCCAUAAGGAUUCCUACAGCACAUUCGCCUCCGAGUUCCUCGAGUCCAGAUACCUCUCCGACGAAGGUUACCCCUUCCCAGCUGCACCCCCUGUAGACCCAUUUGCCCGCAUCAAAGUUAGUGACUGUGGAAUAACCAAAGGAUGCAUCAGAUAUGGUAAACCAGGCUGUGAUGCAGAGACCUGUGACUACUUCCUGAGUUUCAGACGCAUUGGCACAGAUGUGGAAUUCGAGAUGAGUGCAGACACUGAUGGAUGGGUUGCUGUCGGUUUCUCCUCUGACAAAAAAAUGGGAGGUGAUGAUGUCAUGGGCUGUGUUCAUGACGAUAACGGACGUGUACGGAUACAUCAUUUCUACAACGUGGGCCAGUGGGCCAAAGAGAUCAAACGCAACCCAGCGCGGGAUGAGGAGGGCAUCUUUGAAAACAACCGUGUCACGUGCCGCUUCAAACGGCCUCUUUACGUGCCACGGGAGGAGACGCUGGUGGACCUGCACCUCAGCUGGUAUUAUCUGUUCGCUUGGGGACCUGCCAUACAAGGUUCCAUCACAAGGCAUGACAUCGACUCCCCACCUGUGUCAGAUCGCAUGAUUAGCAUCUAUAAAUAUGAGGACAUUUUCAUGCCUGCCACAGCCUAUCAGACAUUCUCCUCUCCCUUUUGCCUCCUCCUCAUCGUUGCUCUUACCUUCUACCUGCUGAUGGGCACACCAUAACCAGCGAAGCCGUGUCACUGAGAGAAGAAAUGAAUACAACAAACUAUGGAGCCACUAUAGCAUGACUGUGUGCCAACUUAACAGUAUUAGAAACAGGCAGCAAUAAAUUGCAGUUCUGUAAUAUCCUCAAUCUAUGUACACUAGAAAGGUAUUUGGACUGUGGAUUAAUAUUCAUUUAUAUACAAGCAAUGAUUCUCAUUUAGAGGAGGGAGGGUCAACCGUACACUUAUGUAUUACAAUAUAUUUUAUUUUGAUGAAAGAGUAGAGAAACCUCAAAUGGUAUGUUAUGGUAGGGAUAGCCUACAAUAGUUGAAACAUUCUGAGCCAAAUUAAUGUUCAUAUUCAGUAUAAUUAAAGUGUAGUCACAUUAGUGAACUUUCAGUAAUAUUUUGCAUUCAAGAAAGUCCAUUGUAUAUCACUGUCAAACCAAGCAGCUUUCUGCUGGUCAAAGCUGUGAAUCCAAACUUAAACCUGUUGCGAAAUCUGUGUGGGGAAAUCUUUCGCCCUCACAUGAAAUUCCAAAACAACGAUUCCUAUUGAAAUGACUGGAUUUAACCAACAAAAACUUGCUGAACAAUGGUAAGUGUGACCGUAUCUCUACAGUGGCACAUAUCACGACACACAAUGUUCCACUACAGAACUCUACAGAGAAGUGAAAUGCGUUCUGUUGAAUGGAAUAUGUUUUGACAAAUCUCAGUAGAGGUGCUCUGCACACAUGCAAAGUAUUCAUAAAACAUCUCUGCUUUCCAGUUAGCCAGCAUUGCCAGCUCAGUAUUUAAUGAUGCAUGCCAGCAAACCAGCCUCAUCUGAGCCAUUUAGAUCAGGAACCGAACCAGUCCAGGAGAGAGUCGUCUGGUUUUCAUUUUAGUGAACUGAAGACUUUCUAUACCAAGGACUUCAUGCCAUUGUAAAACUUACAAAUAGUCCAGGAACUGACUGCCUGUGUAGAAAGAUUUUGAUCACACCAGAUUUUCUGUUAAUUUUUUGGCAUCCUUUGAAAAUGUUCUGUAAUAACAUUUGUAUAGCAGACUGAAGAGCAACACGUAAAGAUGUUUAGAAAGGUAUUUAGUUUUAAAUAUGUUGUUAUAUUCACCUUAAGGUACAGUAUAUGAGGAAAUGUACUUGGAGGAGUGAUGCGAUUUGUUUUUGAUGUGUUCCAGCCAGAGAAAAUCAUGUUAUGUAGCAUGAAUGGAGACAUUAUAUGCCAGUAGACAAGGAACAAUAUGCUUGUUAUAUUUUAAUAUGCUUCUGAAAUUUUGACAUUGACAGUGUUAGAUAAUAUGCAAUAAUGAGUGUGCAUUGAAGGACUGUAAACCAUUGGGAUUUUAAACAACUGUCACAAGAUCUCCUGCAUCAUUAGCAGCUUACAUACAUUCUGACAAGUUUACUGUGAAUUCUUGCUCUAAUUGGAAAAAAAGAUACCUGUUUGAUGGUCCUGAACGCGACACGUACUGCACUUUUUAAUAAAGCUAUGAAAGACA